ACCCGGGAGACCAUAGUCAAGGCAUCGGUGAAAAACUGGGCCAGAGAAAGGGCUCCUUUUAAGGAGGGGACCAUUUUGAGGGAGGAGGUCAGCAUUGGGGAAGUUGUUGAAGCCGUGGGCUAGCACAGCACCAGGAUAGUUCUGAGUGACGAGCACAUGGAAGGGGAUCCCCAAGAUCAAGAGGAGGAUUCUGAAGCCCAGAGGAGAGCCUCUUCCCCUCAGUCCUCUGUGCUAUGGGAGAAGUGUAUCCGGCAGAGUAUCUUUGUGGACCUGAGUGAGGAUGAGAGUCUCCACUUCAGUGACCUGGAGGGCUCCUUCACGGUGCAUCUCUCCCAGGCAGAGUCGGCUAUCUCAGGGAACAGCAUCCAUCUCAGUGAGAACUUAGAGCUGUCAGUGUCUGACUCUGGGGAGUCCUCCACAGAGAGCAGUAGCUGUGUCAGUGGCCAGAGUGAGAGAGUGGUGGAGGGUAAGACCAAGAGCAGUGGGAAGUGGGUGUCUGCCCAGAGACCCAACACUGAGCAGGAGCAGACCAUCUGGGAGUAUGAGAACGCAGGAGACACCUCCGAUGAAGAACAGGAGGACCUUCCACAUGACGGGGACCUGGGAAGCCAGUACAUUAAGCCCUCAACCAAUGACAGUCAUAAGUCUGAGGAGAAUUGCAAAAUAGCUGAUGUUCUAUCAAAAGACCAAGCUGGAGCACUGCAUUCAAGACACAAUGUUAGAGAUCAUUUUGAUUUGCCAGCAAUGGUUGGAGAGGUCAAUAUCAUACAAGGUCACAUGCAAAUUGAAGUCAACACUAUGAACCAUGUAUCUAUAACUCCACCCGAGGGAGAGGGUAAAGGAGCUUUUUUUGACUCUACAAAACCAGAGGCUGUUCCCACAUGCAGUAGUCCUGUCCGUAAAGUCCCACACCCAGACAUCACCCAGCUGCUGCUCCGUCACUUUUCCCAGGAUGAGCUGUUCUGCUCAGGCAGUCUGAUCGAGGCAGAGACCCUGCCGGAGGUGUCCCUUCUGGAGAGCAUGGACGAGACAGUGCUGAGCAGGGGCCCAUUGCACAGGAGCACAGGGAGCCCCAAUAAUAAUAAUAGUGGAGGAGCCCCACGACGCAGCAGCACAGGGGGACCCAGCAGCGAGAGUGAGAGGAGUCAGAGUCUACAGGAAGAAGAUGAAGGGAAGAGUGUUCAAAUGAGUCCAAGAAAAAACCUGGAGGAGAAAAAUGGAAGAAGGACUGCCUCAGAGGGAAAGAACACACGUGCUGAGUCUUACAGCAGUGACGUCAACUCUCCUCAAUAUAGUGGCAUAUCAACCAGUAAAAGGGAAGUCCCUGAACAGGACAGUAAUGGUAGCAAUGGUUCAGACCUAACCAAAGAGGAAGAUGAGAAUGAUGAAGAUGAGGAGGAAGACCAAAUCUGUAGAGGUCCCCUGGUCAGAACCAGGUCUUUCAGCGAAUUAAAGUAUGGACAGGGCCAAGUCCACUACCCACUCCCUGACUUCUCCAAGGUGGCUCCCAAAGUGAAAAUCCCGAAGAGUACCAGUGUUCCGGUGAGACCUGUCAGCCAGUCUCCCAGCUUCCUCAGAGCUCAGUCCUCGCCAGGCAUGCUGGGUAAGUCCUCUGCUUUGGAGGUGAUCCACAGAGUGAUGGAGGACUCUAUUCAGCCCUCAGAGAGACCCUACGUGUUUCGAGACCAGGACAAGCAGACAGAAACGUCCCCAGGACUGGUGCGUCACCUACAGGCUGAAUACGAUAAACUAAUGACUAAGUAUGCAGAGGCUGAGAACCUCCUUGAUCAGAUGAGACUGGGGACAAAAAAUCAAGCGCCCUCUGACCUUACCCUGGAUUUUGACUGUGGUGACCAACAAGACCUUCCGGGUCCUGGUGGAAGCCAUUUUGGAUCUAUGCUCUUCCCCAACCCCCCAUCUCCUACAGGCAAGAUGCUAUCUCUGACAUCUGAUAUUAUGACGGGUCCUCUCUCUGUUACAAAUUACCUGGCCAAGAGUCCUUAG